AUGCCGUCUCCACGACAUAUCGCUGCCGCUUUGGCUGCGUCCGCGACAACUGUCUCUGCUCUCUACGUCAAUGGCACCGUCGUUGCGCCUUGCGACUCACCUAUUUACUGCCAUGGAGAUAUCCUCGAGCAGGUCGAACUUGCGCGACCAUUUAGUGAUUCCAAGACUUUUGUUGAUAUGCCGGCUAUUCGCUCUAUGAGUGAAAUCCAGAAGGCCUUCGAUGAGCUCGACAAGCCUCUGAAGAACAACUCGGCUCUCGCCGAUUUCCUCAGUGAGAACUUUGCCGAUGCUGGAAACGAGCUUGAGGAGGUGCCUGAAGAUGAGCUCAAAACGGAUCCCAAGUUCCUCGACAACAUCAACGACACUGUCAUUAGGGAGUUCACAGAGAAGGUCAUUGAUAUUUGGCCUGACCUGACCCGUCGCUAUGACCAAGAAUCCAAGAACUGCUCUGACUGCCCCAACAGCUUCAUCCCUGUCAACCGCUCUUUUGUCGUUGCGGGUGGUCGUUUCCGUGAGCCCUAUUACUGGGACUCUUACUGGAUUCUCGAAGGUCUUCUCCGAACCGGAGGAUCUUUUGUCGACAUCGCAAAAAACACCAUUGAGAACUUCCUUGACUUUAUCGAGGAGUACGGGUUUGUCCCCAAUGGUGCUCGCAUCUACUACCUCAACCGAUCUCAGCCACCUCUGCUGUCGCAAAUGGUCAAGAUUUAUAUCGAUCACACCAACGACACCGACAUCCUUGAGCGAGCCCUACCUCUGCUUGUCAAGGAGCAUGAAUUCUUUAUGAAAAACCGCUCUGUCCCAGUCUACAUCAACGACGAGACCUAUAUGCUAAACACAUAUAACGUAUCCAAUACUCAACCCCGACCCGAGUCGUAUCGUGAGGACUACAUCACGGCGACCAACAAAUCCUACUACUCACCAUCUGGAGAGGUUUACUCUGGUGGUGAAGAGCUAAGCUUUAAGCAAAAGGAAACCCUGUACGGAAACCUCGCCAGCGGUGCUGAGAGUGGUCUGGACUACACCUCCAAGUGGAUCGCUAGACCUGAAGAUGCUAUUCGGGAUAACUACUUCCCCCUGAGAUACCUCAACACCAGGAAUAUCAUUCCUGUAGACCUCAACUCUAUUCUCUACGGAAAUGAGAUCGCCAUUGCCGACUUUUACGAACAAACUGGAAACAACAGCGCCAGCGAGCAGUGGCGCGAAGUCGCUUCCAACCGUAGCUACGCUAUGCAUGCUUUCAUGUGGAACGAGACUCUUUGGAGCUACUUCGAUUACAAUCUGACUUCCAAGGCGCAGCAGAUUUACUUUCCGGCCGACAACAACACCGUGUCUGUGGACACAGAGGAUGCCCCCAAGGGACAGCAGGUCUUCUUCAGUCCUACCCAAUUCUAUCCCUUCUGGCUCGGCGCUGCUCCCGACUAUCUCAAGAACAACCCAUACGCUGUCCUCAGUGCAUACAAGCGUGUUGCUACCUACCUUGAUAAGCGUGAGGGUGGUAUUCCCGCGAGCAACAUCGAGACUGGUCAGCAGUGGGAUCAGCCUAACGUUUGGCCUCCCAUGAUGCACAUCCUCAUGGCUGGACUCGAAAAGGUACCUGCGACAUUUGGCAUAAUGGACCCAUCUUUUAUCGAGAUCCGCAGGCUGGCACUUCGUCUAGGACAGAGAUAUCUGGACUCGACAUUCUGCACCUGGUACGCAACCGGUGGAUCAACCUCUGAGACACCCAAGCUCGAGAGCGUGUCCGACAAGGAAGAUGGCAUCAUGUUCGAAAAGUAUGCCGAUAACGCCACCAAUACCGCUGGAGGCGGCGGCGAGUAUGAGGUUGUUGAGGGUUUUGGCUGGACAAAUGGCGUUCUUAUCUGGGCCGUUGAGGAGUUCGGCAACAGACUGACGCGGCCCAAGUGCAAGAACCUCGAGACUGCUCACUCUAGCGACAAGAGAGAUACAAGUGCCGUGAUGCUGCAUGCUCGUGAUGCCAAGCACGUCAAGAAGUUUGGCCGCAGAAAGAGGGCUGAGGAGAAGGCUGCCAAGAAGAGGUCGAGCCGUCUGUUUCGUGUUUAA